UUUGGCUUAGCCAUCGCAGUCGCUCGCGACCACCACCACCAUUCGAUCAACUAGACAGUUGACGAUCGAUUCGCGCGCGCGUUUGCCCCGACAAAAGACGAUCGCGGCGCGCUUCACGCUCACCGUGGUCCUUCGCGUAGACGCUCGAGCCAAUUUUUUGGAAAUUUUUCACAGAGAAAAACAGUUUUUUCGCAAAUUUUUGUGGUAAACUCGAAGAGUACUUUAAAGGACUAUUAUUUUCGUUGCGCGUGUUGUGAUUGACUUGCGAGUGCGUGGAUACUUAAGUGUGUUUUUUUUUUGGUUUUUGGAUUAUACUACUUUGAACUGAAGAAAUAGAGUUACUUUUGUGAAGGUGUCUAGACAAAGUGUCUUAGUUUUUUUUUCUUUUGGAUUAUAUACAGUUGUUUUUUUACCUGUUUGGAUUAACUUAUUCGGAUGGCUAUCUUUCGGUGUAAAAAACAUUCGUUUUCAUGUGUUGGAGAAGGUUCCAGAUCCAUCGAGAUAUAUCAAGGUGUCUACUAGUUCCGAUUAUCCAACUGCCUCUGGGUUAACCAACUCAGCGGGGAGCGGCUCAGAACCGGAUCAGAAUUGCCCCGUCUCGGGGGGCAAGUCCUUUAAAUGUCUGCACUGGCGAUGCCCUUCAUCGACAACGAUCUUCUAUGGAGUAGUGACCAUGACGGUAAAAUGGUGGACCUCUCGUCUUGUUUACAGGACGCUUCAGUUGCCAUUGGCACCCAAAACGCGGCUACAAGCACCAAUACUAGCACAAAUUCCCUUGGCGAGCUGACACAGUCAGAUCUAACAAGCUUAGUUCCUGCUAUUGCAGGAGAUCCCAACCAUAUGAACGACACAGAUGACAUUUUCAAGCAUUUGUCAGACACCACUGCCAUCGAGAUUGAGAGCAUUCUCAGCGAAUUCAAUUCAACACCCUAUAUUAAGCAAGAAGAAAACAACAAUACGAUUUCUAGUGAAUGUAGUAUAGAUAGCGCCUCGCAGCGAUCGCCAGGUGUAGCGGAAAUCGGUAGGAAGUUUACGAUAGCGGCCGCCAAUCCCAUUCUCGCAGAAAAACUGGCGGCACCUAGCGAGCAGAGUCUGCACUUGCAGGAGGGGUCGAGACAUCUGGUGACGCUAACGCCGAAGAUUGAGAAAGUUGAUAAGGAGCAGAACAACUAUUUACACCAAUUACUGUCCAGACAACGGAACGAUUUACAGCAUCCGUCGCUGUGCGACUACGCUCGAAGAAAGGCCGUAUAUCCUACAUCAACAGGUUCCUUACCUCCCAGUCCAGCUGAUUCGGGUGUUUCGGAUGUUGACAGUUCAUCAUCAGGACAUACGUCGACGGACGAACUGAAGGCUCGUUUACAGCCUUCAGUGCAUUCUCCCGUUGGAGGAUUGUUCUCUAGACAUCCUGCAUUGAACUGGAACUCACCCAUUCACCAACAUCCGGCUCAGAGACAGAGUCACGUGGCUCAGCAGUUCUACCAACCUUUUACCACCAACUUGGAUCCUUACCAAAACUACCUGCUCCAAGCGCAGCAACAUCACGUCACCCACCCUCACCAAUCGGUGCAUCACCACCCUCACCACUCGACGACAUCACCGUUCACCACGCCAACGCCUCCGUCACCGCCCUUGAGGCACGCGGGCAUCCCCACGUCGGUGAUACAGGCGGCAACGAGUAGCGUGUAUGACGACCCUUAUUUCUUGGGAUUUUCGCCGAGAAAAUUGAAGAAAGUGAAGAAACAAAAGGUUGGAGAGCCUGGUACCGCCCCCAAACGGAAAAGUCGAGAAGGCUCGACGACGUACCUAUGGGAAUUCUUGCUCAAACUUCUCCAAGACAGAGAGUACUGCCCGCGGUAUAUCAAGUGGACCAAUAGAGAAAAAGGAAUCUUUAAAUUAGUGGACUCGAAAGCUGUUUCCAGAUUGUGGGGCAUGCACAAAAACAAACCGGAUAUGAAUUACGAAACAAUGGGUAGAGCUUUAAGGUACUACUAUCAGAGAGGUAUCCUCGCCAAAGUCGAUGGUCAACGACUAGUCUACCAGUUUGUCGAAGUACCCAAAGACAUAGUCGAAAUAGACUGCACGGGGACAGCGUGAACUACCACCCAGAAAACUACCAACCCUAAGAGAUCGAAAACAAAAGUAGAUAGAUCCAAUCUCGUCUCCUCUUCAUCUCUCAAGCCCAAUGUUAAUUUGUCCAAGACAUAGUACAACAAAAGACUCUUUCAAUAAUAUAGAGGUAGCUAAUUUAUUAUAGAUAUUCGUAUUCUGGUCCCUUUAUUCGAUACGGAAGACCCUACGUACUGUAUACAACGAAUCCAGUGUUUUUUACGUAAAAAAGUAGUUAAUUAAUUAGGUAGGGAAACGUUAAUUAGCUAUUUUAAUUUGCCGAACAAUGCGCGUUGAAAAUGUGCGAAAAUAUGCAAUGUUUUUAUGUGAGAAGUCGAUAGUUAAUUAUUUGUUAAAAAGUUAAUUAGUUAGCUAUUUUAUUUUAACUAGCUAAGAGUCGUUAAUUAACUAGCUAGGCUGUUAACUGACUAAAAAUAUUUUUGUGUG